AUGUACGGCAACCAACAAAACAACUCCAAUCCAUAUCAAAUGUCGUAUUAUCGAAUGAAUAACGGCCAAGGCCAGGGUACUAAUCGCUGGCCUCAACAACUGUCACAUCAGGAAAUGUUAGCGGGCCAUUCUCAACAGAUCCUUAAUAACAAUAAACCAGCUGGAAACCAAUCGAAGCCUCCGAUUGUGAUGGCUAGUAAUAAUGUUUUCUCUAUUGGUCCAUACCGUCAACGAAAGGAUAGUUCAAGAAUCUCGGUGUUACAAAAGUACGAGAUUAUCGGGUAUAUUGCAGCUGGUACGUAUGGUAAAGUUUACAAAGCUAAAGCGAGGGAUUAUCAGAAUGGUAUGAAUAGAGACAACGUAAUAAUACUAGAUUCUCCGGAUUCUGUGAGUGCUGAUUCAAAUUUGGAUAUAAAUUCAAUCAACAGAUCCACUAGACAACAGGAGGCUAACGACAACCUUACAACCAUGGACUUUAGGAAGCCUUCCCACAAGCGAUUCACACCUCCAAAUAAUAGCAACUCAACACAGAUACGGUCUAAUAGUGGAUCAGAAACAAAUGUAAGGAUAAAUUCGUCGAGUAUAACAAACAACUCCAGAAAGCCUUCUCAAAUUCAGUUCUAUGCUAUUAAGAAGUUCAAAACGGAAAGAGAAGGUGUCGAGCAUUACACAGGUAUCUCACAAAGUGCAUGCAGAGAGAUGUCACUUUGUAGAGAAUUGGAUAAUAACCAUUUAACGAAAUUAGUUGAAAUAUUCCUAGAGAAGAAGAGCAUCUACAUGGUCUCAGAGUUUGCUGAACAUGAUCUUUUACAAAUUAUCCAUUUUCAUUCGCAUCCUGAAAAGAGACUAAUACCGCCAAGGAUGCUCAAAUCAAUAAUGUGGCAAAUUCUUGAUGGUGUUUCUUAUUUGCAUCAGAACUGGAUUCUUCAUAGAGACUUAAAGCCCGCUAACAUUAUGGUUACCGUUGAUGGCUGCGUCAAGAUCGGUGAUCUUGGUCUAGCGAGAAAAUUCAAUAACAUGGUACAGACUUUAUACACUGGUGAUAAGGUUAUUGUAACAAUUUGGUAUCGUGCCCCAGAACUUAUACUUGGAGCUCGACAUUAUACUCCUGCAAUAGAUCUUUGGGCUGUUGGUUGUAUUUUUGCAGAACUCAUCGGUUUAAGGCCAAUCUUUAAAGGUGAAGAGGCCAAGAUGGAGUCCAAGAAGAGUGUUCUGUUUCAAGCUAAUCAGUUUCAAAAAAUAUUGGAAGUCAUGGGUUCGCCAGAUCAUAAAAUAUGGCCGAAUAUCGACAGUUAUCCAGAAUAUCUUCAGUUGGCAAAAAUGCCAAAAUAUCGUGACAAUUUAACAGCAUGGUAUCAGACCGCUGGCGGUAAGGACAAGACUGCUUUAGACAUUCUUUACCGUCUAUUGCAGUAUGAUCCUAUCAAGAGAAUCGAUGCAAUCGACGCUUUAGACCAUGUCUAUUUCACCAACGGCGACCCUCCUGUCUGUGAAAAUGUGUUCGAGGGUCUCAACUACAAAUACCCACCAAGGCGCAUUCACACAAACGAUAACGACAUUACGAAUGUCGGCAAUGAUAAUAAUCAAGCUAAUCACUCUCAAAAACAACCAAUGCAUGGUAACAAUAAUAAUAAGAAUGGGAACAUGAACGGAUUAGGUGUAAACAAACGUAUCUUGGCAGCAGCAGCGGCAGCUGCCGCUGCAGCUGCUGUGUCUGGUAAUGGAAACAACCCCACAAGCAAUACUGCAACCGGAGGAUCAGCACGGAAAAAGAGAAAAUGA